AGACGACGGAAAUGAACUUCAGCAUAGCUUUAGAACUACAAGGUAGAGCAGGAGAGAAGAAAGGAAAGAGAAAAAGAGCUACUGCAAACCAUGGAAAGCUUUGGAAUGAAGGAUGGUGGGCAAAGCAAGAAGGCAAAAGCCACCUUUGGGCUCAUACGCAGGGGAAAUGCUUCUGAUAUGGAGAAGAUGAAGCCCCAUUUCUUCAGGGUCAUGCUUGAGUUCAUGCUGCAGGAUUCCAAAAUAUACAUUCCGACCGAGUUUGUGAAGAGAUAUAGAUCCAGGCUAGGCAGCUCUGCAACAUUGAAGGUUGAUAAUGGUGAUACAUGGGAAGUAGAGCUGGUUAUUGAUGAUGAUGAUGGGAUGAUUUGGUUGGUCAAGGGCUGGGAAGACUUCAGAAUGCACCAUUCUUUGAAGCAAGGUGAUAUUCUGGUGUUUCGGCUAGAGCAGAACAGCUUAUUUCACGUCAUGGUGUUUGAACCGACUGGCAGUGAGAAGAACUAUCGCCACAAGGAUCUGAAAGGCCAUGGAAAGCUGUUGAAUGAGAUCAAAGUUGAGGACGAAUUUGAUGUGGAGAAGGAGACAGGAAAACUCAAGGAAGUGAAAACCAAGAAGAGUGGUGGAGAAGGGAAGAGAAAGGUGAAAUCGGCUGCUGCUACACUUGAGACACCAAACCAUCCACUGGAGAUAAAAACAGAAGGAAUAUCAGAACCAAGGAAGGCCAAUGCCUCUACAAGCUCAGAGAAUCCAAACUUCUUCGUCACCAUAAAUAAAAGUCACAUGAAGCGUCGUCACAUCCUUCUGCCUACUAGAUUUGUGUAUGAACACAUGAUUCCUGAACAUGGUACUGUCCCUGAAAACCGUAAAGUGAUGGUUUCCGAUGAGAAGGGUUUCAGCUCAUGGUCCUUCUCCUUUGUCUUACUACCACGACGUGAAGGUGGACGUGGACAGGCCUCGUUCAGUGGCGGUUGGCCUGCAUUCCGCAAUGCCAACUCUCUGAAACCUGGCGAUGUUUGCCGGUUCGAGCUCGUCUCCGAUGACCAAAUGAAAGUGACUAUUCGGAGGGCUUAAGGCUGGGUGGCUUUGCUGAAAGGUUGAGAACCUCUAGAAUGGAGUUAGUUGUGUUUGUUCGUUGCAUGUGUUUAUUUAUGGAUGAUGAUGUCGAUUAUGAAACCGCUACCAGCCUUAAAUGGAGGGAAUUAAUGAGAUAGUGUAGUUUCAUGUGGGGGAGUGGUAAGACAUUUGUUGAUGCUUUAUUUCAGUUUCUGAUAGUAGUUCUGUUUUAUGGCUUUUCAGGGUAAUCCUCUGUUAUCAAAUUUUAGUUUCUGAUGGUAGUUCUGUCGCAUUUCUUAUUUCCUUGAUUGUGUUGUGGAUUGUAUGUUCGUGAUCCAUCCGUGUGAUAGUCUGCUAUGGAUCGAAUUCGAAAGGCUUUCCAGUCCGGCAGUCGCUGGCUGUCUCCUAAACGUAUCGAUGGCUCCCGACAAGAAGGUUGUAAGCGAACAAUCUCUUCACCAUAUUUUGCCCAUUCGUUUCAACAUUGGAGCUCGAUUUUGUGCUUUACAUCUUCGAAGACGAUGUUCGAAAUUGGAGCUGGGAGGUCAGUUCGUCCUAUUGUUGUGGCAGUAGAAAUACUAGCAGUGGUUGCUUGGAGCUACCAUUUUUCGUCCAGAGGUUUAUAGUAAUAUCCUAGAACUCUACUCAAUGGCAAUGCCAAACUGUGAUCUACGAGUAAGGUAUUGAUAUCUGCAUAUGAAUAUGAGAGGAAUUCUUGGAUUUGCUUGAGCUGACGACUGAUAGACCCUCUUCGGGCAAUGGACUAAGUACCGAGGAUCGAAUACUGGUUUUUGAAAAAGAACCCAUAUACAUAAGGUGAAUACUAAUCAAGUAUUGAGCAUUGA